AUGGUCGGAGUCAAAAAUGGUCGCCAAGCACUCGCUUUUCUCAGUGCCAUCAACUUUUUGACUGGCGAAGUUCUUAUAAGUCGCUAUGUUACUCCGACCGAGGAGGUACUUGACUGGAGGUCUGAGUUCAGUGGCGUGACACAGGCCAUCAUGACCAGCGCUGUUGCCUCUGGUGCAGCAUUUAGAAACUGGCGAGAGGCGCGCGACAAAUUAUGGGAUUUUAUGGACGAUUCGACUGUGUUGGUUGGUCAUUCUCUCCACUAUGAUCUCGAAGUACUAGGCAUAUCUCAUGCAAAAGUCGUCGACUCCGCGAUCUUGACUGCUGAGACUGUCUUCCCAUCCAUCCCAUCAACGAAGCCAUUGACCCGCAUGUGGGGGUUGAAAAGACUUGCGAAAGACCUCUUGGGCUUGGAUAUACAGACAGGCAGUUGCGGGCAUAGUGCUUUAGAGGAUGCACAUGCAGCACGAGAUGUCACCAUCUGGUGCAUCAGAAACCCGGAGGAACUUAAAUUGUGGGCGGAAAAGGCUCGACUCCAGGAAGAGCAGAGACUCGCACCGAACCGAAAAAAAUACGGCAAACGCAAGGGGAAGCUUCCUGCCACACAGUAUACUCGAAGCUCGCAACAUAAUACUGAACAUUAUGAUGACUACGAAAGUUUCCAAUGGUCGGAGCUCGCGGAGGAGUUGGGAUGGCCUGAAGGAUAUGAUCCUUGGUCUGAUUAA